AUGACUCACUGCAGACGGCCCUCUGACAACGCAUCUAUCGUCUCAGGCUCCAGCGGCUCGUCCCGCUCCAGCCGCUCCUCGACGUGGUCGAACACGUCGUCCGUCGGCAGGCACGUCAACGUGCAGGACAACCUGGCCCUGCGCCUGGCCGCCCACGUGCUACGCGGGCCCUUUGCCAGCGUGUCCUGCUCCUCGGACGGGUAUAAGAAGCGUGGCGGCGGCCACCACCACUCCUCAAAGUCGAGCAGCUCGCACCGGUCCUCCAGCUCCCGCAGCUUCUCGCCCGAGCCGCGGCCAAAUUGUCCGCCGCCGCGGCGACCUCCUCCCCCUCCUGGGGCGCGAUUUGGCCCCGGUCCCGGAUUCUGCCCCGGCGCUGGCCCCAGACCUGGCCCCGUGUGUGGUCCUGGCGGUUUUGGGGGCGGCCGAGGGUUCGUGCAGACAAGGGCACUGCCCGGCCCGCCUCCGCCUGUAGACCCCGUGUGGGGCCGGCCACCUCCGGGCCCCCCGAGGGGCCCACCACGCCCCACGGUGGAAUUGGUCAAUGAGUAG